AGAAUCCACACCCAUUGGGGUUUAAAUCAAAGUGGAUUUUGCAAUUUGUUGAGCUUGUCUUCAAAUUCAUGGCCCAGCCCGGAACGAAAUCGGGGGUAGGGAUCCAUUGCCACUGAGGCUUAACCGGAGGUUUCACUUCCUCACGCGUAUUUACCUUCGGAAUUUCGAUUCAGCCUUCACAAUCCAACUGAAGCUGCGCGGUCGUCAAGGACGAGAACUGGGUAUUCCCUAUCAGCGCGAACAUGUUCUACCGGGGUCCAUAUGCUGAUGGUGGUGAUGGUCGAGAAAUGGGUGCAAAGCGUCAAAGGAUAGUUGAUCAAGGAUCUUCUUAUUAUGGGACCCCUCCGGGUUCUGGGUUUAUGUAUAAUACAAGUCCCUAUGCAUGUGUUAGUCAGCCCCCACCAUUUCCUGUUGUCAGACUACGGGGUCUUCCUUUUGAUUGCAUGGAAACUGAUGUCGUCGAGUUCUUUCAUGGUCUGGACGUAGUUGACGUUCUUUUUGUCCACAAGAAUGGAAAAUUCACAGGGGAAGGCUUUUGUGUUUUGGGUUAUCCUCUGCAGAUUGAUUUUGCCCUUCAGAGGAACAGGCAAAACAUGGGGCGGAGAUACGUCGAGGUAUUCAGGAGUAAUCGACAGGAAUACUACAAGGCCGUAGCAAAUGAAGUUUUUGAUGCAUCGGGUGGGUCACCAAGAAGGACUGCACCCAGGUCAAAGUUAACCGACGAGGUGAAAGACUCCGCCGAACACACGGGUGUAUUACGCUUGAGGGGUUUGCCAUAUUCCGCGGGCAAGGAUGACAUACUGGACUUCUUCAAAGGUUUUAUCUUAUCAGAAGACUCCAUUCAUUUAACACAGAAUUCAGAGGGGAGACCAAGUGGGGAAGCAUUUGUGGAAUUCUCAAAUGAGCAAGACUCGAAGGCAGCCAUGUCCAAGGAUAGAAUGACCUUAGGUAGCCGUUACAUAGAGUUGUUCCCAUCAUCUCAUGAAGAAUUGGACGAAGCAAUCUCUAGAGGACGGUGACACCACCUAUACUUUAUUCACUGUUUUUCCUCAAUUACUACGUUGUUUUACUUUAGAAAGUGUGAGAUUUAUGGAGGUAGAAGUGAAUAGGAGGCAAGUGUGUGUUGUGUACUCUCCCGAACCAUUGUUUGGCAGACGAGCAGGUCGUAUCCCUCGACUGCUUGAAUUUGUGAAAAGAAUUGGUUUAGUAGUAUAUGGAUUGACCAUUUCUCUGGGCAGAGAUGCUUAAA